AUGUCUGAAGCCAAUGAAAGGAGGCAUACUGCUCCCAGGAAUAUCAAGCAAAAGAUGCCAAUGUUUAUAAAGCUGCAGCAUCAGGAGGUGCGAGAGGAAGAGGUGGCCCUUCAGGGGAGCCUUCAGGAGGUGCUAGAAGGUGCCACAGAAGAGUCUUUGGUUUGUGACACCCAGGAGGAGUUUUGUCCUGUGCCGAGCGAGAGCCCGGAAGGAAACCUGGAGUGCUCAGCAAAUGAGCUGCAGCAUCAGGAGGUGCGAGAGGAAGAGGUGGCCCUUCAGGGGAGCCUUCAGGAUGUACUAGAAGGUGCCACAGAAGAGUCUUUGGUUUGUGACACCCAGGAGGAGCUUUGUCCUCUGCCGAGCGAGAGCCCGGAAGGAAACCUGGAGUGCUCAGCAAAUGAGAGCCAAGACAUCGACAGAAGGCAGCAAGAGGAACAGGAAGAAGAGGAAGCCUCUCAGGAUAGUCGAAAUGUUGUGGAGGAAGGGGCAGUAGACGACCCUUUGCUUUCUAGUUCCCCAGAGGAGUCUUCGCCUUCGCCAGAUGAACAACACAAAGUACCCUUGGAGGUCAUAGUAAAUGUGGUGACCUCUGUCUACAGCCAGGACAGUGAUGGGCAGGUGACAGAGAGCCCCCAGACCCCCAGGCCAGAGUCUCCUGACGGUGACUACUUAGCACAAGAGAGCUGCUACCUCACAGACCGCGAAGACCUCCACCAGGACUCUGGUGCUUCCACGGGCUACUUCCCUUGCUACCUCACCUACAGCAAUCUCCCCCCCUACCAGUCUGAGAGUGACGAUGAACUUCCAGACCCCCCGGCCAGUCCUGAGGCCAGCCUCCAAGUUGAGGGCACUUUGCAGGACAAAGCCAGCGAGAAGGAAGGAGGAGUGGAAGGCAGCCCCAGAGGGGAAGAGGCCAAGAGUCCGGCAGUGGCCAAGACAGGAGAGCCAACCCCGUCGGCUCCCAGCUGCCCGUCCGCCGCACCCACGUCCCGCCGGAGCGUCACCAACUUUUUUCAGUGGGUCCGCAACGUCUUUAGCCGGUCUUCCCUAAGGAGUCAACAGCGCAGCCCAGCUGCAAGAGGCGAAAGGCAGCGCAAAAAUAUCGGCACGCGGCUGCGAGGCUGGAUCAGGAAGCACCGGGGGCGAGUGCACCCCGACAACUGCUGAGGCGCAGACAGGUGACCUUGUCGGGAUUUCAAGGCAAGAGAGGUGGUUUGUCAUUUCUUGGCCUCUUCAUCACAACCCUGGACUUCCUUGGGGGCCUCCCAUCCUAAUAUUGACCCCCUGCUUAGCUUCUUCGAUCUGACAAGACCAGGCCUGCCGGGGCAUCCAGGUCAGGACAACAUGGACGUUAGCCGAUAUCUAUUACGGAUCGGGUACCAGGGUCCCGCCCAGCCUUCUCUGGAGACCUUGCGCCGUCUCCACCGUUGCCAUCUCCUCUCCGUGCCCUUUGGGAGCCUGAGCAUCCACUGUGGGGAGCCAAUCUCCUUGGCGUUGCCCCUUCUCUACGACAAGAUUGUCUGGUGCCACCGGGACGGUUUCUGUUACGAGCUGAACGGGCUUUUCUUGUGGCUGCUGCAGACACUGGGAUUUGACACCAAAGCAGUGUCCGGUCAUGUCCGGAACCCUUUCACGGGGCACUAUGGCCCCCCUAUGCACCAUAUGGUGAUUUUGGUCCAGUUGGAUGGACGCUCCUUCCUCUGCGAUGUCGGUUUUGGGGAAGCCUUUCUAGAGCCACUGGAGUUGAAGCCGGACUCAGAGCAAGUCCAAGAUGGAGGCAUCUUCUGGCUCGGCAAUAAGGGGGGAGUUUGGGUCUUGGAUCGCCGGUAAGUUCCUGGCAAGGAAGGGAGACCUUUGUAUCAAUUCACCCUUGAGGAGAAGAAGCUGGAGGAUUUUGCUGACAUGUGCCUUUAUCACCAGACUUCGCCCAGUUCUAUCUUCCCCUGCAAAUCCUUCUGUUCCUUGCAUCAGGAAGACGGUGGGCGCCUUACUUAUAUGGGAUGGCGUCUCAUCUCCACAAUGGGGGAGAAACGUACGGAGACCCCACUGCAAAGCUCUGAGAUCCCAGCCGUCCUGCGUGAGAAAUUUGGGAUUCAGUUGGAGAGGGACUUCGAGCCAAAGGAUGAAAAGAUCAUGCCACCUCCUGAAGAAGACUGAGAAAGUAGAAGGGAAACGGGUCUCCGAUUUGGACAGCAGGCUAGAAACUGGAUUAUACAUCAUCUCUUUGCACACACGUUUCAGUCUCUGUCAGAACUGAUGUCAUAUCACAGGAUGUUCCAGAGCCUGGCAUGAGGAGGCCGGGGUUUCAGUUCUGAAUAUUCCCUUGUCUUCGAGGCAUCCGAUGUGAUAUUUUGGAAAGAUACCAUUGCAGCAGUCUGUUUGAAAAAAAAAAUGCUGGUCCUUUACAAAAGCAAUUUGAUCAUUUUUCUAGUGCGGUUUACAGUUUUUUCGAGUUGCACUUAAAGGCCUCGAUAUAAUCUUAAGGACCACAACAUGUGAACUUGAAUGCAUAUUGUUAAUGAGCGUAUGGAAAAUUUAUUGUGUAAAAUUCAUUGAAUGAUUAUACAGGUGACUGCAAAUAAUAUGUUUCUAUUAUUA